AUGACGACUCCAGCACAAAAGGCCAACUUGGCUCGUAUCCGUGACAAUCAAAGAAGAUCCCGAGCGAGGAGAAGAGAGUACUUGCAGGAGCUGGAACAGCGGCUGCGAGUGUGCGAGCUUCAAGGUGUUGAAGCGUCUGCGGAGGUGCAGAUGGCAGCUAGAAGAGUCGCCAACGAGAACAGACAGCUGAGAGAACUGCUCAACAGAUGCGGAGUAAGCGAGGAGGUUAUCGCUCACUUCUUGCAAGGAGGAACAGGACCUGCAGACAAUCCCGACAGCGUUCAGGGGCAACCACCGCAACUUGGGGAGGGCGGUCCGGCGUCGCACUCCCUACAGCAGUUGAUGCUACCGAGACGGGCAGCACACCUCGAGUCGGGCAUUCAGUUGGCUCUUCCGAGUCAGUCAAGCAGAGAGGCUUCCAUUGCGAGCGGCUCGACGACCAAUUCAUCCGUCUGGGAGCCAACCAUGACGGCGUACAGCCAUCACCCACAGCAACUCGGAGUAUCGUCUUCGUCCAUGGGCCCCUCGGAUCCUCACCAGUAUUCACCCUCGGUGUUUCCUGCACAACCAACAAGCGCGCAAACGAAUCUAUUCCACACUUCACCGGUGGGGAACUUGAUGAAUGAUCCUAGGCACGGUCUGGCAACAACGCAGCCAAUAUCCAUCGACAACCGGGCCGCCAUGGGUUAUCAUUUCCAAAUCAACCCGUUUAACGAUCCGACGAACCGUUAUGGACCGCCGGGAGGAGGAAGUUGCUGA